UAAUUUUACAUCCAAACCUCUAUUUACCAAACCAGGGCUAUGAAAAAUAUCUCCCCCCAACAUUUGCGUCGGCAUUUGAGUGCAGAAAAUUCAGUGGGAAACUAAAUUGAUUAUGGAAAUUAUCUCCCUAAAUCUCUAGUAUAGUUGAAGAUUAGCAUAGGAGUAGAUUUCAGAGCUGUCUUUGGUUGCAACAAGUUUUCGUACAUGGCGACCAUGCCAUGUGGAACGUUUGUCCCUUCUUGUGGUUUGCAAAGUAAAACACCUGGAAUAUAUACUACAAUCUCUGAUUUGCGGUCUUCACAUUGUUGCACAAGGAAGGGGAUGCUUACUUCAUCAUGCUCAACCAUAUUUUCCGCAGACUAUUCUCAUUCAUUUUUAUGUUCGAGACAACUUAAAGACUCAUAUCAUUACAAGCGAUCCCAUUCCCAUCUCAUUGCCAGAGCCGAAAGGAAUUAUUAUUCUGUCCUCGGGGUUGAAGAAAAUGCUAUGAAGUCUGAAAUAAAAACUGCUUAUAAGAAGCUUGCUCGAACUUACCAUCCUGAUGUAAACAAAGAGCCAGGAGCAGAACAAAAAUUUAAGGACAUUAGCAAUGCCUAUGAGGUGUUAUCAGAUGAUGAGAAGCGUUCCAUAUAUGAUAGGUAUGGAGAAGAUGGUCUUAAAGGUGGGCCAGGUGGCCCAGGGAUGGGGGGUUUCAGCAGCAUCUUUGACGAAUUACUGAACAACUUCGAUGGCAUGGGUAUGGGGGGAAGCUUUAGGAAUGGAUUCUCAGAGGGCGAGGACUUGGCCUACAGUCUUCGGCUUGAUUUUAAAGAGGCAGUGUUUGGGGUAGAUAAGGAUAUCGAGAUAACUAGGCUCGAAGAUUGUCCCACUUGCGAAGGCUCAGGUGCUAAGCCAGGUUCCAAGUCUUAUGUUUGCAGAACAUGCAAUGGCCAUGGGCAGGUUAUCUCAUCAAUGAGAACACCAUUCGGUAUAGUUCAGCAGGCACUCUCCUGCCCUGACUGUGAUGGAAUGGGCGAGAGUUGCACCCCUUGCAGCAAAUGUCGCGGUGAAGGGCGAGUUAAAAAACCCAAGAAAAUUACUGUAAAAGCUCCUGCAGGAGUCGAUACUGGGAACAAGAUGAGGUUUGAAGCCGAGGGAAAUUCCGGGAGAAAAGGAGGCCCCCCUGGUGAUUUGUUUGUUGUAUUUAAAGUUCGUGAGGAUCCCGUUUUGAAAAGGGAUGGAAAUAAUAUCUUCUAUACGUGCAAAGUUUCCUACACUGAUGCGAUUUUAGGGACGGUAAUAAAAGUUCCAACAGUUGAUGGAAUGUCUGAUCUGAAGAUCCCGCCCGGCACCCAACCUGAUGUGACAUUAUCUAUGGCAAAAAAGGGAGUACCCUUUCUCAAUAGGAUGAACAGGAGAGGUGAUCAGUUGGUAAAAGUGCAAGUUGAGAUCCCAAAAAGGUUGGAUGGUGAAGUGAGGAAGCUCAUUGAGAAACUUGCCAACAUCAACAAGGCCAAAGCUCCAAGCAGCUAAAGAUAGGUUCACGAUUAUUGGGUCUGCAUUCUGGGUUUAUAUGGUCGGUUAACAGAAUAUUACAGUAAAUAAGAAAUUUUCACCAGAAGAUGACUGAAUUGCUUAAACAUCUUCAGCUCAUAAGUCACAACCCACAGGCCACAAGUGAAUGUGAUCUGGAAUUUUGGAUGCUGGGAUAUACCGUGAUAGCCUGAUAGCCGAUACUAAUAGGGGCUUUUCUGGAGUUCUUUCCUAUCAUUCUUUCCAUAAUUUUUUAUGCAUUAACAUUUUUGUUGUGUUGUAAGAUAAUUGCAUCUACACAGUGACAAUUGAUUGGUCGU